AUGAACGACACCUAUGGCAACAACAGUAUCAGUGCUACUGUGCAACUGUUCCAGUUCGUCAUGUACAUCCCCACACUUUCCGUGGGAUUGCUGUUCAACAUGAUGGCUCUGUGUUUCCUGUUUUUUAAGGUUAAAAAGCUGUCAGAAUCUACAGUCUACAUGAUCGCCCUUAUAUUCUUGGAUACUUUGCUAUUGCUUACUCUUCCUUUUAAAAUCAUUUCCUACCAUAAUGCCACAUCAUGGAACUUGGGGCCUAAGUUUUGCUCUGCCUUGGAGAGUCUUUACUUUGUAAACAUGUAUGGCAGCAUCCUCAUUUCCCUCUGCAUCUGCAUAGACCGAUACAUGGUUAUCCAGCACCCUUUCAUGGCUCUCACCCUGCGAUCCGUCAAGAAAGCUGCACUGGUCUGUGUUGUCAUCUGCCUGGGCACCUCAGUGGGAACAGUCUGUACUUUACAACUGCAUGAAUCGCCCAAGAUCUUAUCCUGCUUCCAUAACUUCUCCACGCACAUAUGGAAAAACAUAGGCCUGUUCAGCACCUUGCAGAUCACCUUCUUUGGCAGCAUGGCAACCAUGACCUUCUGCACUGCCCAAAUUGUCAGGUGCUUGAGAAAGUGCAGAAAUCCAGACAACCCCCAAACACUCACCACCAGAGCAGAGAGGAUCGUGGUGACAAACCUUGUUGCAUUUUUGAUCUGUUUCACACCCUACCACGUGGCAUACUUGGUGUACUUUUUGGUGAAGAAUGACAUAAUUAACAAAAGUUUUCAAAAAGUGGUGCGAGACAUUGUUCAGAUCACCCUUUCCUGGGCAAACCUGAACUGCUGUCUUGAUGGGGUGUGUUAUUAUUUUGUUUUAAAGGAGUCCUUGGAAGACCCGUUACCGAACACUGAAACAAGCACCACGCAAAAGCCUUGA